GAAAUACCCCCAGCUCAAAUCCUCAAUCCGAGGGUUCCGAGUUCCGACGGCGCGACAAAUUGAGCAAUAAACCUCAACGCAAAAACCCCAUCCAGCCGCCGCCGCCGACGCGGCGCUCGUGAACUCUCGCCGCCGGCUGUUGCCCCUGCCUGCGUCCCCUCCACACACAGCAAUGAUGGUCCCCCUCGCCCCCGCGGACAAGCCCACCUCGCCACGCCGCAUCGCGGAGGGCGACACCGUCGUGGUGUACGAGCGCCACGACGCGAUGCGCGCCGUCGCGGUCCGCGCCGGCGGCGUGCUCCAGAACCGGUUCGGCGUCUUCCGCCACGACGACUGGAUCGGCCUCCCCUUCGGAUCCAAGGUCUUCAGCACCGCCGGCGGCGGCGGCGCAGGCAGGGGCGGAGGGGGCAAGGGGGGCGGGAGCGGCAAGGCCGGCGGUGGAUUCGUCCACCUCCUGGUGCCGACCCCGGAGCUCUGGACGCUCGUGCUCAGCCACCGGACCCAGAUCCUCUACAUCGCCGACAUCAGCCUCGUCGUCGCCUACCUCGAGCUCGUCCCGGGGUGCGUCGUGCUUGAGUCCGGCACGGGCAGCGGCUCUCUCACCACCUCGCUGGCGCGCGCCGUCGCGCCGCACGGCCGCGUCCACACCUUCGAUUUCCACGAGCAGAGGGCUGCCUCCGCGAGGGAAGACUUCGAGAGGAAUGGCCUUAGUAACCUGAUCACAGUCAAUGUGAGGGAUAUACAGGGGGAAGGAUUCCCAGAGGAGCAUCGAGCUGCUUCUGAUGCUGUCUUCCUGGACUUGCCCCAGCCUUGGCUUGCAAUACCAUCUGUUAGUUUAAUGCUGAAGCAAGAUGGCGUUCUGUGUUCCUUUUCACCUUGCAUCGAGCAAGUGCAGCGUGCUUGCGAAGCUAUGAGAUCAUGUUUCACAGAUAUUAGAACCUUUGAAAUUCUUCUUCGCACGUAUGAAAUAAGAGACGGUGCUCUUAAGAGUGGUACUGCUGAUGAGGAGGCUACUGUAGGGCCUCUUCCGCAGAAAAGAAGAAAGUUCACAGCAUCAGGAGAAAAAAUGGGCUAUGCACAGAGUAACUCCUCGAUUUUGGUUAGGCCUUGUAGCACCGCUAAAGGGCACACUGGCUACUUGACGUUCGCAAGGCUUCGCGUGUCCGAUAGCCAAACUGAAUCGUGAGGUGAUGACAACUUGAUAGGAAAUUAUCCAUCUCUUACAGCAUAGGCGUUAAAUGCAUGCAUUGAUGAGGAGCUGUUGGGAUCAAUGCAUUGAUCUGUAAGGACCUAAAGGUCAAAUGCUGUUGUUUCAUCUGCCAGAGGGUGUUGCUCACUGCAACUUACUACUAUAUUAACCAUCACUAACAGCAUAGGCGUUAAAUGCUUGCAUUGAUGAGGAGCUGUUGGGAUGAAUGCAUUGACCUGUAAGGACCUAAAGGUCAAAUGUUGUUGUUUCAUCUGCCAGAAGGUGUUGCUCACUGCAACUUACUACUAUACCUCUGCCGAGAACCCCUCAUAGUGCAUUUUUCCAAAUAGCAGAAUAGCUCGUUUCUUUUUCUGUUGGAUCUGAGCUGGAAAACUAUUCUAUUCAUAUUUCUA